AUGCAAUCUGAAACUAAUGUGUUCAUUGCCUCUGAGUGGCUUUCAUGUGGCCGCGUCUUUGAGCGGAUGACUCUUCCUCCCUCUGUAAAGCAUGAAAUCAAACACUUGUUGGCCAUUCCAGCUCCCAUUCAAUCAACUAUCCCUUCACAAACUCUGUCCAUCACACAACUCCUCGACAUUAAUCUUCCUGCUUCACUUGAUUGCAAACUUGACUCGAACACCAUCACGUUCUCGUCAUGCCUGGUACUUGCCUGUGUUCCCGACUUGGAUGACAUUUUGUCAUGGACAGUCCCUCCUUUACAUAUUGUCACCAAGCUCCUUGAUCAAUUCGGUCAAGCUUGGUUUGAUGGACAAUCUUCAGUCAUCCAUCCAUCUGCUCCCUCAACUCACCUUCCGUUCUGGAUCCUCUCCUACUGGAAAGAGGUUUCCCAUGCCCUUGAGGCUCGCCUCGCAUCGCUAAGCACCCACGAUUGGGUCCUUGACAGGCUUGAUUCAAUAGAUGAGGUUCUAGAUGUCCUUGGACGUCUCCCCUGGGAUGUAGAGUUGUGGGGAUUAGGGGCAUCUGUUGGGCUACACACAUCUGAGCUCCGCCCUCUUCUUUCUAAUACAAUGAUUGAUGGGUGUGUGCUCGAUGCGUUGAUUGUUGCCAUCAAUGAGUCCUUGGAUGAUUCCAAUAGCUGCCACAACUAUACAGUUGAGACCCUCCGAUUUUGCAAAUAUAUUACAGCUCGGGGAUGCACGGUGCAUUCAGUCGCCUGCGCUCCCUCAGGCAACUCACUUCACGACGGCUCAAUCCAGUGCAUCAUAUUUCCCGUCAAUAUUUCCCAGGUUCAUUGGGCUGUCUUUAGCGUUGAUGCUGAGAUGCAAACCAUUGCAUAUGGAGACUCUCUCGGGUGGUCUUGGCCUGCGUCAUAUGUUGACACCAUCCAGCUCUGGUUGAAGAAUCAUGGGUUCACACCAUUUAGCAAAGUGCCUAUGGCACACAGCAACCAAAUUGAUUCCUUUUCAUGUGCAAUUGCAGCAAUUAAUACCAUUAAGCAUGCUGUCUUCAAGCAUCCCCUGUUUACCGACAAUAAAAAGUACUGCCUUCGAAUGGAAGAAUUUUUAGUGCUUGCGAGGAGCCACUUUGAGGUUCGUCUCCAUGACUAA